AUGGCUACCUACGCCCUGCAAAUCGCCGGGCUGGUGCUCGGUGGUGUGGGCAUGGUGGGCACAGUGGCUGUCACGGUCAUGCCUCAGUGGAGAGUGUCUGCCUUCAUUGGAAGCAACAUUGUGGUCUUUGAAAACCUCUGGGAAGGACUGUGGAUGAGUUGCAUGAGGCAUGCUAACAUCAGAAUGCAGUGCAAAAUCUACGACUCGCUGCUGGCUCUCUCUCCGGACCUGCAGGCAGCCAGAGGACUGAUGUGUGCCGCCUCCGUGCUCGCCUUCCUGGCUUUCAUGACGGCCGUCCUUGGCAUGCAGUGUACCAGGUGCAUCGGGGACGACGAGACGGUGAAAGGUCACCUUCUGCUGACCGCCGGAGUGCUCUUCAUCAUCACAGGCCUCGUGGUGCUCAUCCCCGUGAGCUGGGUUGCCAACUCCAUCAUCAGAGACUUCUACAACCCAAUAGUGGAUAUUGCCCAAAAACGGGAGCUGGGAGAAGCCCUCUACAUAGGCUGGACUACAGCCCUGGUGCUGAUCGCCGGAGGGAUGCUCUUCUGUUGUGUUUCUUGUUGCCAUGAAAAAAGCAGUAGCUACAGAUAUUCCAUCCCGUCCCACCGCACAACCCAGAAGAGCUACCACACCACAAAAAAGUCGCCGAGCGUGUACUCCAGGAGUCAGUACGUGUAG